ACUUAAUUAGUUUUAUUUUAACGGAGUACUCCCUCCGUCCCAGUGUAUUUGUCCACUUUCAUUUUUACACACCAUCCAAUGCACUUCUUUAAUCCAUUUUAUCUUGUAAUUUGUAUAUUAAAAAAUUAUAGAAAUUAUAUAUUAAUAAUCUAUAUGUUAAGACAAAUCAAACAAGAUCACACAUGACUAUAUUUAGGCUUACACAUUGAGAGAAUUUGAUGAGUCAAAGUGCUUAGAUGAACAGAGAGGAUAAAGACCAAAACACAAAAGGAAUUCUAUUCCUACAAGGAAACAAAUCACUAAAUAUGAACAAGGAAACAAAUCAAGAGCAAUCCCACUUAGAAUGGGAUUUGCUCUCCUUCUUGCCGUGUGGUCCAAGGAGCACCGCCCAACACAAGGCGGCCAUGGAGGCCUUCGUCGCCAAGCUCUUCGCCGCCAUUUCCUCUCUGAAAGCCGCUUACGCCGAGCUCCAGAUUUCGCAGUUCCCUUACAACAGUGGGGCUGUCCAGUCUGCAGAUCUAGCCGUGGUGGGUGAGCUCAAGUCCAUCUCCGAGCUCAAGCGCAGAUUUCUCAAGAACCAGGUCGGAGAGGAUAAAGACCAAAACACAAAAGGAAUUCUAUUCCUACAAGGAAACAAAUCACUAAAUAUGAACAAGGAAACAAAUCAAGAGCAAUCCCACUUAGAAUGGGAUUUGCUCUCCUUCUUGCCGUGUGGUCCAAGGAGCACCGCCCAACACAAGGCGGCCAUGGAGGCCUUCGUCGCCAAGCUCUUCGCCGCCAUUUCCUCUCUGAAAGCCGCUUACGCCGAGCUCCAGAUUUCGCAGUUCCCUUUCAACAGUGAGGCCGUCCAGUCUGCAGAUCUAGCCGUGGUGGGUGAGCUCAAGUCCAUCUCCGAGCUCAAGCGCAGAUUUCUCAAGAACCAGGUCGAUUCCUCUUCCCCUCCUCAUGUCUCCCUCAUGAUUUCCGAGAUUCGAGAACAGCAGUCCCUGAUGAAGACGUACGAGAUCACCAUGAGGAAAAUGCAGGGCGAGAUCGAGAGGAAAACGGCCAUGGCCUCUUCCCUCCGGAGCGAGCUUGAGGAAAUUGCGGCGGGGAACAGAUCCCUCGAGGGGAAGAUGAACGCCGCCGCCGGGUCCUUCGAUGGGGUGGGGUUUUCCGAUGUGAACACCAGAGAUUUCGUCGCCGUUCUUCAGUAUGCUGUGAGAUCUGUCAGGCAUUUCGUCAAACACCUUGUCCGCAACAUGGAGGCUGCCCACUGGGACAUCGACGGCGCAACGGCUGCGAUUCACAAGACGGCCUCGUUCCGGAAGAAAAGCCACCGGGCUUUCGCCUUCGAAUCUUUCGUCUGCAGAGAGAUGUUCACCGGGUUCGAGGACCCCUGCUUUUCUGUACAGAGUGAUCCCUGUUCGUCGCCGGAGAAACAGAGGACUUUCUUCUUCGACCAGUUCAAACAGUUGAGAUCUGCGAGUGCGGCUCAGUUCCUGAAGCAGAACCCUUCCUCUGUUUUCGCGAGGUUCUUGAAGGCGAAAUACCUUCACUUGGUUCAUCCCAAGAUGGAGUAUUCGUUCUCCGGGAACUUGACCCAACGGAAAACGGUGAACUCCGGCGACUUCCCGGAAACCGAUUUCUUCGGGGCGUUUUCCGAGAUGGGGAGGAGGGUUUGGCUCUUGCAUUGCCUCGCCUUCUCUUUCAAUCAACACGUCGGCGUUUUCCAGGUGAGGAAGGGGGCUAAGUUCUCGGAGGUUUACAUGGAGAGCGUCACGGACGAGAUUUUCCCCGGCGCCGGCGAGUUCCGGGCGGCGUUCACGGUGGUUCCCGGGUUCAAACUCGGAAAAAUGGUGGUCCAAAGCCAGGUAUACCUCUCUCCGGUUAAGAACUAGCGUUCAACGGGCUUUCUUCCGUCGCGUUUUCCCGGUGGCUGGUUAACAACGCGCCGCCGCUUUUAUGGUGUCGCCGGCCACCGAAUUUUCUCCCGACGCGGCGAUGUAAGUAAAUUGCCAGAUCUACUGUGUAAUAGCAUGAAGAAAUCGUGUUUAAUAAAUUAUGUUAAUUACAGAGUAGCAUUAUAAUUACUUAUAUUUUGAGGGACCAGAAACGAAAUUCCAUUUUGAAGUGGCCGGAGAACGGGCAGUUCUUGUAAAAUGUAGCCGUUGGGCACGGAGGCGCGUGGGUGGAGCGUGGACGGUCAAAGAUGGAAAUGUAUUGGGAAAUGUGUGGGGCAGGAGCCCAGCAUAUAAAUGGGCUUUGGGCCCACAUGUGAAAGUGGUUUAGUCAGGCCUGCAUGAAUGAACUGGAUUUUUUUGUUGUAUAUUGUAAAAGAAGUAAAGGGAGGUGUAUAUGUGGGGCCCAAGGAGAAAGCCCUUGUCUUUGUUUUCAAGUGGUUAAAAUUUAAAGGGGAUGAUGACUCAGUGGGCCCAGCAGAAAGGGAAAGAAAUGUCCACAAGAUUU